AUGGAGAACGUUUCCUUCAACGUCACCUUUGAGUUAACCUUAGAUCCGUUCUUUAUACCUCCAGGAGGAAAGUAUCCCAUUUUCUUUCUGGGUGUUGUGAUCUAUUUAUUUUGUGUUUUCUGCAACCUGACGCUGUUGGUUCUGAUCAUAAUGCAGAAGAACCUCCACAAACCCAUGUAUUUCAUCCUUUUCAGUCUUCCUCUGAAUGACCUUGUCGGCAUCACGGCCAUGCUCCCAAAAGUGCUGUCAGACAUCAUUACAGAAACCAACAAAGUCCUUUACCCACUGUGCGUGCUUCAGGGCUUUCUGCUUCACAUGUAUGGAGGCGGGGUUCUGUUUAUACUGGCAGCUAUGGCUUUUGACCGGUAUGUUGCAAUCUGCAAACCUUUAAGGUACAGUGCUAUCAUGACACCCCGUCUCGUGGUGGUGAUAAUUUCCCUUGUAUGGGGCCUUGACUCUGUUCUGAUAAUCUCAUUAUUUUCUCUCCAGACGAGGCUACCCAGGUGCAGGAACUCUAUAUUGAAUGUAUUUUGCGACAACCCUUCUCUUCUAAAACUUACCUGCGGUGAUACAACUGUGAAUAACGUUUUCGGGCUGUUCAAUACUGCCAUUAUGCAAAUUAUAAGUGUAUCCAUUCAGGUGUAUUCCUAUGUUAAGAUUCUCUUCGCGUGCUUGGUCACUAGGAAGUCGGACACAAAGAAUAAAGCCAUCAACACCUGUUUAGCACAGCUAGCCAUAUUUAUAAUAUUUGAAAUUGUGGGAACCUUCACGAUUCUCUCACACAGGUUCAAGAAUGUCUCGGCUGAUCUGCAAAAAAUUAUGGGGAUGCUGAUUUUUUUGGUCCCCCCACUUUUGAACCCAAUUGUGUAUGGACUCAACACGAAUGAAGUCCGAAAUACUUUCUUUAAAGUUUUCAAGACAAAGGUUUUUGCUAAGUAA